AUGACGAGCGUCGCUGUGAGUAUCCGCCAGCGCGUUGUGGCUUUCGAGGCACCGCUACGCGAGCGUAGAGCGCUUCGGGAUCUGAAACGUAGCGUAUCUGCUCACACAGACGCUUGUGCAUCUGCCGGUACCGAUUUUGAGUUCUGCGGCAGCGUCGCUAUCGCUCAUGCAGACGUUUUCGAGUUCCUAACAUUCCUCCUAUCGUCAAAAGGUUCGACGACGUAUCCAGACGAGACGCAACAGCUCUUGUCGCUAUUGUUUUCAAUGUUUAAUACCAAGAAGAGGUUCCAAGCACUGCCGAAGCAAAAUUUUGAGCCAAAGUGUCGAUGGGAAGACGCCAACGCUUGCUACUUUGUGGCCGAGACAAGGGACAGACCUCGUCAUUGGGUGUUUGUGCUACUCACGUACCGCCCACAGCAGCUACUGCCACUGUAUAUGGCAUCAGCUAGACGUGCAGUCAAGUUUGUGAAUGCUGUUGUUGCCCUGGUGACGGCAAAUGCCUACGUCUCGACACUAGGAGGUGGCCACUUUUUGUGUCGUCACUUGAGCCACUCGACGCUGUUGGCGAAGCUGCAGAUUGGCAUUUCAAUGGGGCUACAAGACCCGAUACUUGAGAGUAAAUGCAGAGUGAAUCUCAUGUACAACGCACUGCAGCUGGGCAAGUUUAAGCGGGCAAAGAGGAUCUUGAGACGCGAAGAGCUCGUAGCAGAGCAGCUGGAGAGUGACGAACUGCGCAAGGUCUGCCAUGCAGCCAACGUGUACUUGGACAAAGUAGAUCGACUACACAAAGAGCAGCUGCUGGUUUACAGGAAAAGUGGACGUCCUGCAAUGCUACAUGACAAUUUCUACCGCCAGAGGAUCGUCCGCGUGACGAAGUGA